UCCCUCUGAAGAAACAACGCAGAGCAAAAAGACCAUUUCUCGUCUUCUUCUGUUGCACUCACGCACAAAUCCAAUUCAAAUCUCUCUCUCUCUCUGUGCAAUGUCGACCGGAGGAGGCUUCGCAGUUCUCGACGGCUCGCAGCUCGGAGACAUUGACCUCUCUCUCCCCGAUCAUCCCGCUUCCGCUCUCACCGGCGCUCAGGUGAUUGAGCUUGCGGAGUCCAAAGUUAGCGAUCGCCUGUACGGCCUCUCGUUGCCGGAGACCAUCAGGUCCGGCGCUCUUGGCCGCGUCGGUUGCGUCGAUGGCGCCAGUUUCCAAGGAGCCAAGCUGGACGGGGAUCAGGCUGUGGAGAAACUCAAGGAGUAUGUCGCUGCGAUCGCUGAUCAAUUGAAAGAUGAUCCCAUUGUUGUAUCAAUUUUGGAUGGAAGUGCUUUACGCUUAUAUCUAGAGGAUGAAGAUGAUUUUGCAAUGUUAGCAGAGAAUCUCUUCACAGAACUAGAUACUGAAGAUACAGGAAAGAUCAAGAAGAGUGAGAUUAGAAGAGCUCUUGACCACAUGGGGGUCGACAUGGGCGUUCCUCCACCUUCAGAGUUACCCCUGCUUGGUGACAUCUUGAAGAAACAUGGAGCUGAAGGGGAAGAGGAAGUGGGCCAAGCACAAUUUGCGGAAGUACUUCAGCCUGUUCUACAUGAACUAGCAGAUACCCUGGCUGAAAAGCAUAUCGUUGUCACUCAUAACGUGAAGGUUGUCAAUGGUUCUAAGAUCAGAAAGUUUUUGGACAACGAAAAGCAACUGGAAAAUGUCACGGAGAAGGUAUUGGAGGGGAAUCAUGAACAAAGUUGUGUCGAAACAGUUAGGAAGUAUCUGGAGAAAAACGGUACUGAUAUGGGGUUGCCACCACUGGAUAUUGAAGAAGCAGUUGCUCUUUACAAUGCAGUAUUCUAUAGUGCUGCUUACAAUAAGAGUGUUUUGGAAUGGAGAAAGGAAGAAAUCCGUGAAAUCGUGAAGGAGAUCUUGGGGAAGUUUGCGGAGCAGCUGGAAAGCGAUCCUGUUUUCAUCGAUCUUGGCAAUUGAAUAGAGAAAUGUGGUGAGAAACUCGGUGAUGUGUCAUGUUUCCUGGUGAUGCAUCUCGUUCAGUCAGUGUCACCAAUGACCAUUUUGCUCUCAUCCUGCAAGAUACCUUCUUCAUACAACUUCAUUACUUUUUUGGCAACUCCUGACCCUCCUCAUAGCCAGGUUCACCUUAUGUAAUUUAUGUCAUGGGAUUACAAUGAGGGAUUGAGAUGCCGAAUACCAGUUUAGUUUCACUUGAGACAUUUUGUUCAUUGA